UAUAGUGUGUACAGGUAUUUUUUAAGCGCAGAAUUUAAUCAUGGGAUUGCAUGAGAUUUCGUGAGGUAUGAUGACUAUUGUCAGAAAUUUAGUAAAAGUUGUUGGAUUCAGGUACCAAAGUAAUAUUUCUUAAAUGGAUUCAACAAGUAUUCAUUCAAGCAAGGACGCUGAAAUUCAUGAUGUACCUAUGAGUGUUUUACUACGACCGUUUCCUCCAGAAGUAAAUGAAGAGAAAGUCAAAAGUUUAAUGGAGACGUUAAGUGAUCCAGAAACUGAGUCCUUGGUACCUCCUAUUGACGUUUUAUGGAUUACUGGCUCCGAAGGAGGUGAUUAUUACUACUCAUUUGGUGGAUGUCACCGAUACACUGCUCAUAAGCGCUUGAAUAAGCCAACAAUUAAAGCCAAGCUUGUUAAAUCCACAAUAACCGAUUUAAAAACUUAUCUUGGUAACUCAACUCCGGAUUUGAAAUAACAUCAAUUUUAUAGAUACUCUUUUAAAGUUUAUUCAAAUUAUAUUACUCACAUUUUAUGUACAAUUUCAAUAAUUAAUUAAAGAUAAAUAAUACGCUAUUACAAAAAUAUAACUAGUGUAAAAAACUUCAAUUAAGAAAUCUGGAAAAUUGUAAACUGCAUUGUAAAAAUUAACAAGUAAUUUUUUUUUAAAAUUACAAUACUUAAAUAUUAA